ACAGGAAGACAGAAAUGAGGCGGUUCAUGAUUCACUUUUAGCUGAAGAAAUAAUUCACAGCUGCAGGAGCGAGGAAGAGAAAAUCCUCCAGCACUGCAGCGGACAGUCUUCCCUGAGAAGGCCGGGAGUGGAUCGCUGUGUGCCGGCGUGAGGACGAGACUCGGUCCGGUGAAGCCCCGGAGGUUUGAAUUCAGUGACGGAGAGGGAGAUGGAGAGAACAGUUUGAACAAUUUUCAUUCAGCGAAGUCAAAAACAAAUCUCAAACUAAGACAAAAAAAACCUGCACGUAACAAUGGUGGACAAGCGGUUUAGUUUUUCAGCCAACCGGCGCAUCAUCGCCGGCCUGCUGGUCAACCUCUUCUCCUCCAUCUGCAUCGUCUUCCUCAACAAGUGGAUCUACGUCCACUACGGUUUCCCCAACAUGACCCUGACCCUGGUCCACUUUGUGGUCACCUGGUUCGGACUCUUCAUCUGCCAGAAGAUGGACAUUUUCUGCCCCAAAAGCCUGCCGGUCCGCAGGAUAGUGUGGCUGGCUCUGAGCUUCUGCGGCUUCGUGGCCUUCACCAAUCUCUCACUGCAGAACAACUCGAUAGGAACGUACCAGCUGGCGAAGGCCAUGACCACGCCCGUCAUCAUCCUCAUCCAGACCACGUACUACAGGAAGACCUUCUCCACAAAGAUCAAACUGACUCUGGUGCCCAUCACGUUAGGUGUGUUACUGAACUCGUAUUACGAUGUUCGGUUCAACCUGCUUGGGACGGUGUUUGCGACCUUGGGCGUUCUGGUGACGUCGCUUUACCAAGUCUGGGUGGGGGCCAAACAACACGAGCUCCAGGUGAACUCGAUGCAGCUUCUGUACUAUCAGGCUCCUCUGUCCUCAGGCUUCCUGCUCUGUAUCGUCCCUCUGUUUGAGCCACUGAGUGGAGACGGAGGAAUAUUUGGACCCUGGUCCAUUCCUGCUCUGAUGGCCGUGUUUUUCUCAGGUGUGGUGGCAUUCCUGGUCAACCUGUCCAUCUACUGGAUCAUCGGAAACACCUCAGCUGUUACCUACAACAUGUUUGGUCAUUUUAAAUUCUGCAUCACUCUGGUUGGAGGUUACCUGCUCUUCCAUGACCCGCUGUCACUCAACCAGGCUCUGGGAAUCCUCUGCACUCUGUCUGGGAUUCUCCUCUACACUCACUUCAAACUGGUUGAACAGGACGAGGGAAAAAGUCGCCUGGCUCAGAAGCCGUAGAUCGACUCGCGUGCACCUGUCAAUCAAGUACAUGGACUCCUGCCAUUGGCUGUUCACAGUGUGAAUAACUGGCAGCAGCACACGCCCAUUUUAUACACUCACGCAGAUAGAUAUAUAUAUAUACAUAUAAAAGUAUAUGUAUAAUUUUACAAUGAGUAUUUUUACAGAAGAGUUCAGAGAAGUGUUAAAAAUGUUGAACUUCAUUUUCCCAGAAUGCACUGCUGCUGCUGCUGUCGUCAAGGAGAUGACGAUGACGAGGUUAAACGACUGAAACAUGCGUCAUCGAUUAAAGCGUCAAACUCAGGCUGAACAAGAUCAGAGAAAAUAGACCAUUACCAUUUCAUUUACAACAUAUAUAUGUAUAUAUUAAAAUGUGUACUUACACACGUGUGUGUGUGUGUAUAUAUAUGUAUAUAUAUAUAUGUGUACACGCAAUAGUUUUUCAGUCCAGCUUCAGUGUAGUAUUAAUAUUACUGUGUUAUAAAUUAAAGAUCAAAAGGACGCAGGUUAAAGUCGUCGCUGCUAUUGCCAUGGAAACUAUUUAACAAUAAUUGUUUUUCAUGAGUUAAUUUAGUCGUUAUUUUUUCAGCAGAAUAUUUCUUCUGUGAUUUUUGUUGAAUCAUCGCUGAACGUUCACAGUCUCUGUUUCUCUCAGUAUUUAAUCAUCGUUUUUAUUUUCGAAAGAUGAAAAAGUCGUAGAUUACAAUGAUUUUUGUUUUGGUUUUUUACAUGAUUUCUUUUUGUAAAAUAUUUCACAUUAAAACCUUCAGUUGUGAUCAUGACUGAGGUCAAAGUUCGGUACGAAGACGAUUAAAAAUCCAAACUGA